GCAUAAUGACUUUGAAUCAACAUCGAAUUAUGGUGGCCGGCUUUUCAGAGACGAAGAUAUAUCGCAGGCUGUUUUUCCUUUGCAAAUUAGGAUCUUGGUAUCAUGGGAAACAAAUUUGUUAACUGUGAAGAUAAACCGAAAGGAACAGAAUCAAUGUGUAAAAUAUUUGGGAUGGAAUCUUUGUUAGAGAAGAAAUACUUUCAUUAAAAAUGAAGAUGGGGUAUCUUCCCAGGUUCCAGAAGCUGCUCAAGGAGGUUAAAAGGGUCUCUAACGUAUUGGAGACAGAGGUCCUACAAAAGAAGUAUUUGAGACAGGAAUGAUUUUAAUUUUUUUGAUUAAGAGCUCCAAAGAGAGCCAGUGAAUAUGACCAGCUAUAUGAUUGUUACAUUAACUCUCUUUGGAAGUCGUACUAUUUCUCUCUAACCAUACUUUCCAAAUGAAAGCUAAAUGUGGAGCCAAGUAAAGAUAUUCUUUGAGCAUGCCAGGUAAUUUUGAGAAUGAACAUCUCACGGGGUUUCUUAUGGUCAAUAUGGUUGGAGUGUAACUCUUGCAUUUUCUUAGACAAGGAACAAGAUUUUCAAUCUUUUUUUUUACUUCCACCAGCCUUUUUAGCUCUGUGUAAAUGUCCUCCCUUUAGUAAUUAUAGCCUUAUUAGUCUUUUGCCCAACUGUAAAUCUUUUUGGUAAUCCAUUGGGAAGAUGUCUUUUUGUAAUUUCAUUUUGUCAAUGACUAGUUUUCUUUCCUUUCAAAAAAAAAAAAAAAAAAAAGAAAAAAGAAAAUAUCUCUUGAGGGUUUAGAAACCUUAAAAAAUUUCCUUGCUAAAAUGUGUUCCUCUCCAACCAGACCCAUUUGUAAAUUUUGGAAUGGAAGGAAGUGUUGUUUUUUACUUGGGCAAGGAAUUCAAAAUCUUCAAAAUUUAAUUUAUUUAUUCUGUAAACGAAAUCUUCUUGAGCUAUUCUUUUGUUGAUCACAUUCUGGACUCCAUUGUGCUCUUUUAUUAUGUAUUCCUUCCCAUCAUUAUUAAUAAAGAAGUAAAACCCUUCAGCCUCUCCCCCAUUUCUAGGCUUCUCUAUUAUUCUCAAUGUAUAACAUUCUUGUACUUUUAAGUUUAUUAAUAAUAUUGAAGCUUGUCUCCUUUUCAAAAGAAAAGAAAAGAAAAGAAAAGAAAAAUAUACAGCCUCUCUUCUUCUUUGAUGUGGUCUUUGUAUGGUCUCCAUCCCCACCCCAAAAAUGAAACAAAAGAAUCCCACAACUACGAUAAAUCCACAAGAAGUCUCAAGAGGAGGGCUUUUUGGUUGCCCCCACGAAGCUGGUCUCCUGGUCACAAGACUUUUAAUGAGACACAAUUAUUCGCCUGGGAUAACUCAGCUAACUUUUAUAAGAGAGCUUCCGUAAUUUUCAAUUCUAACUCUGAACUGUUUCACAUUUGGGACUUCUCAGGGCAAACAAAUAAACUUUUCACAAAUAACUCGAACAAUUUUCUUGAUGGUUCUCUUGUUCAAGGAGUCAAAGAGGUCAUUCUUGAGUUACAAGUCCAUGAAACUUUGGACAAUAUGAUGGGUCGAUAUGGGAAGGAUGCAAAGCUAACUGAAGAACAGCGAAAGACUGAAAAGUCCCCCAUUAUCAUAAAUGGGAUCACAGAUAAAGUGAAAUUUCAUUUGACUGAAUCUGACCGUAUGAUAGCUGGAAAUAGUUUUGGUGUAGCCAGUUCAAUGGGUUUGACAGGAUUGCAGAAUCUCGGGAAUACUUGCUUCAUGAAUAGUGCUCUUCAAUGCUUGGUGCAUACACCAAAGCUUGUUGAUUAUUUCCUUGGAAAUUUCCAAAAGGAGAUAAAUUAUGAUAAUCCUUUGGGGAUGAAAGGAGAGCUUGCCUUAGCUUUUGGAGACUUGCUCAGGAAACUAUGGGCCCCUGGCUCGAAGUCAGUGCCUCCAAGAAUGUUUAAACUUAAACUUGCUAAUUUUGCUCCCCAGUUCAGUGGUUAUAAUCAGCACGAUUCCCAGGAAUUUCUUUCUUUUUUGUUGGAUGGCCUUCAUGAAGAUCUAAAUCGUGUUAAAUGCAAGCCAUAUUUUGAAGCAAAGGAUGUAGAGGGCCGCCGAGACGAAGAAGUAGCUGAAGAAUAUUGGCAAAAUCACCUUGCUCGUAAUGAUUCUAUUAUAGUUGAUUUAUGCCAGGGUCAGUACCGGUCAACAUUGGUGUGCCCUGCUUGCAAUAAGUUGUCAGUUACAUUUGAUCCAUUUAUGUACCUUUCUUUGCCAUUGCCGUCAACAACAAUGCGCAGUAUGACUCUGAUGGUAAUUUCAUGUGAUGGGAUUUCAUUGCCUUCUACAUUUACUGUAUCAGUGCCAAAGUCGGGAAGACUGAAAGAUCUUAUUGAUGCUUUAAGCACUGCUUGUUCUUUGAGAGCGGAUGAGACCCUGUUGGUAGCUGAGGUAUACAAGAAUCGCAUUUGUCGUGUUCUGGAGGAUCCAUCUGAUUCACUGGCCUUGAUUAGGAAUGAAGACAAGCUUGUUGCUUAUAGGUUUCCAAGAGACGAUGAAUCAUCCAAGUUGAUUGUCUACAUGCAUCAACAGUCAGAAACGCAUGAUAAUUCAGGAAAGCUAAUUUCAGGCUCGAAAACAUUUGGAGCCCCAUUUGUAGCAAAAGUGCCUGACCUUUCUCAUGAAUCGGAUAUUCGUCAGCUGUUCCUUAAGUUUCUUGAUCCAUUAAAAAUGCCUGCAGAGGAUACGUUUAGGAACUGUGAUGGUGAAGCUGGCGUUUCUGCUAAUGAUGACUUCGAGAUGGAUGAUGCCUCAGACCCGGAAAACUCGGAUCCUGAUGGCAGUCCAAGUGAUGAAACUGUUGCAAACUCUUGUUUGCCUGCUGAUUUCACAUUCUAUUUGGCUCAUCAGAUGGGAGCUUCUGAAGGUACCUUGAUUAAAUUAAAUGAACCUCUAGCUAUCUCCAAAUCAACUGAGAGACUGGAUGUGAUUGUUAUGUGGCCGGACACGAUGGUUAAUAAAUAUGAUACAUGUCUAAUGAGUUCAUUGCCUGAUGUUUCCAAACCAAAUUUACACCCAAGGAGACUUCAAGAGUCUGUCGAUUUGUACAAGUGCCUUGAAGCUUUCUUGAAGGAGGAACCUUUAGGACCUGACGAUAUGUGGUACUGUCCUAGAUGCAAGAAGCCUCAACAAGCCAGGAAAAAGUUGGAUCUCUGGAGGUUGCCUGAGAUUCUUGUCAUUCAUCUCAAAAGGUUUUCAUAUAGCCGAUUUUUUAAGAACAAGUUGGAAACAUUGGUUGAUUUUCCAAUAGACGAUCUAGAUUUGUCAAACUACAUUGCUUACCAGAACAGCCAUUUGAGCAAUCGUUAUAUGUUAUAUGCUGUUAGUAAUCACUACGGAGGGAUGGGCGCAGGUCACUAUACUGCAUAUGUUCUUCACGGCGGUAAAUGGUACGAUUUCGACGAUGAUCGGGUUAUGUCUGUCAGUGAAGACGUUGUAAAGUCGUCUGCUGCUUAUGUUUUAUUCUACAAAAGAAUUCCAUAAGUAUUAUCUGGUAAAAGUUUUACACAUGGUUUUGAAGGUUAGUGUUAGACAACACCUUACACACCUACACACACUCCCCAAAAGGAGUUUUUUCUGGUUUACUUUGUUUAGGAGCAGUAUCUUCUCCCUUACGACAUCAUCACUUUUAUACAACUGUAUUAUGUUUGGGAGACAAGAAAAGAAGAAAAUGGAAACUUACGUACAGCAAGAAAAGCACUUUUGGGGGGACAAGUAUAAGAUUUUUGCCUCCCAUCAUAGGGGUAUUGUCUGUAAUUCCUUGUGUAUAUAUUACUCACUGCAAGAAGAAAAUCUUCACUCAAGCCUUCAAUUAUUGAAAUGGAGAAAAAAGCACCAUCUCUUUUGGUUA